CCUCACAACGCUUCAGAGGCUCAGAGAGGGAGGACGGAGAAACGGCGCCGGCUGCACCAGUCCACCAGAAGGGAUGCUACGGUGAUUUCCCCUCUUUUUCUGCUCCAGCACCCACCACCUCCUCCUCAUCACCAUCUCUGCCCCCCUCCAUCACCUCGACUCGGGGACCGUAUCCAGUCGCAGGGGCUGCACAUUCAUUAUUUUUUGGCUUGUGUUUUGGAUGUUUUUUACUCAUUGUUUUGCGCUCAGUUGGAAAGCUUUGAUUUCCCUCCAAGCGCACGAGCAGAAAACUGUUUUCUGGUUUGAAUCGAAGCUUUUUUAUGGAGUGGAUGUGUUGGGCAUCUGGCGAAAGAGCACAACUUUAGAGAAGUGAAGGUUUCCCCAGCGGCUUGGAGACAUUUCUUUGGUGGAGACGGGCUGCGCAAAGAUCCUCACCUCCAAGGCUGAUCAGAGACGAACGCUUCCAUCUCUUCCAGCUCAGUGAGGAGCCAAAAGGCUCUGAUUGGAAGACACUUUUAUUGUCUAGAAAAGAAAAAUCAUUGGGGACAAAAAGUGUUCGGUGAUGAGUAUCUGCAAACAUCGGGCCCAUCCCAGCAAAUGAAGUAGGCGGCUCUUCGUCAAUAUUUGUUGGUAAAAACAAAGAGAAGAAGAAGAAAGAUCACUGGAAGGAGAGGAGCCUGAAAGUUGAGGCUGGAGUAACGAACGCUGCCGCUCAGGUUGGAAAAGAUGGCAGCGCUGAUGAUAAAGCAGCAGGGCUGUGGGUUCCUGAGGGUCCUUCUGCUGCUGUUGGGGGUCUCUGUGGUCUGCACCGUCGCGUUCGGAACCGGGAGUCGCAGACUGGACCACCGGAAUCACAAACACAGACAUCCAGGUCACUCGUCAUUGCACAAACACAGACAAAGAACAGGAAAGGAAGGACAGGUUCUCCACAGAUCCAAACGAGGAUGGGUCUGGAAUCAAUUCUUUGUCAUUGAGGAGUACACUGGACCUGACCCAGUUCUGGUGGGCAGGCUCCACUCAGACGUAGACUCAGGUGAUGGCAACAUCAAAUACAUUCUGUCAGGCGAAGGUGCCGGAACAAUCUUUGUGAUUGAUGACCGGACCGGAAACAUCCAUGCUACAAAAACGUUGGACCGCGAGGAGCAGGCCCAGUACACCUUAACGGCCCAGGCUGUGGCCAGAGACACCAAUAAGCCCCUGGAGCCCCCCUCAGAGUUUAUAGUGAAGGUUCAGGACAUUAAUGAUAAUCCACCAGAGUUUCUCCACGGGCCGUACCAUGCCAGGGUGCCAGAGAUGUCCAAUGUAGGUACGUCAGUAAUCCAGGUGACAGCUACAGAUGCUGACGACCCCACCUACGGCAACAGCGCUCGGCUGGUGUACAGUAUCCUGCAAGGACAGCCGUACUUUUCGGUGGAGCCACAGACAGGUAUAAUUCGCACCGCUUUGCCAAACAUGGACCGCGAGGCCAGGCAGGAGUACGAUGUCGUCAUCCAGGCCAAAGACAUGGGGGGUCACAUGGGAGGUCUAUCAGGGACCACGGAGGUCAGAAUCACCCUCACAGACGUCAAUGACAACCCUCCCAAGUUCCCACAGAGUGUAUACACCAUGUCUGUGUCCGAGGACAAAGUUCCAGGAGAGGAGGUGGGCCGUCUGAAGGCUAAAGACCCUGAUCUGGAAGAAAACGGCCUGGUGGCCUAUCGCCUAAUCGAUGGAGAUGGAAUGAACGUCUUUGAACUGACCACCGACUCAGAGACCAGAGAAGCUGUUAUCAAGCUGAAGAAGCACGUGGACUAUGAGACGAAGAGGAGCUACUCCUUAAAGGUGGAGGGAUCCAACCCUCACAUUGACUCUCGAUUUCUCACUUGGGGACCUUACAAGGAUGAAGCCACGAUCAAGAUAUCAGUGGAGGAUGCAGAUGAACCUCCUGUUUUUAUAGCUCCCAGUUACACUUAUGAGGUAGAAGAGAAUGCGCUUCCGGGCACUGUGGUGGGACGAGUUCACGCCAAGGACACCGAUGCUGCCAACAAUCCUGUCAGCUACAUGAUUCCUCGGUACACGGAUGUGGAGAAGUUCUUCAGCAUUUCAGAAGAUGGGUUGAUCACUACAACGAAACCACUGGACAGAGAGACCCAGGCAUGGCACAACAUAUCUGUGUCAGCAAUAGAGAUAGGAGGCCACCAUCAGGACGCCAAAGUGAGAGUUAACAUCAAGGUGAAGGACGUAAAUGACAAUUCGCCAGAGCUGGCUUCUAACAACGAAGUCCUCAUGUGUGAAACCGUGUUGCCGGGCAAGGUCAUCGAAACAGUGAGUGCGCUGGACAAAGACGAGAUGGAUCACAGACAGCACUUCUCCUUCAGUCUCGCCCCGGAAGUCGCCCACAAUCACAACUUCUCCUUGACAGACAGCAGAGACAGCACCGCCAGCAUCUAUGUGCUCCGCAAAGGAUUCAGCCGUCUAACCCAGGAUGUUUACUUCCUUCCCAUCGAGAUAAACGACAACGGUUUCCCUCCUUUGAGCAGCACCAACACCCUGACCAUCAGAGUGUGUUCCUGUGACAGCAAAGACACCAUCCUCUCUUGUAACGUGGAGCCCUACGUCCUGCCUGCUGGGCUCAGCACUGGUGCCCUCAUAGCUAUUCUGGCCUGCAUUGUCAUCCUACUCGCAAUAGUGGUGCUGUUUGUCGCUCUGAGGCGCCAGAAAAAGGAGCCGCUGAUCGUGUUUGAGGAGGAGGACAUCAGGGAGAACAUUAUCACUUACGAUGAUGAGGGAGGCGGUGAAGAGGACACUGAGGCGUUUGACAUUGCUACACUGCAGAACCCAGAUGGUGCCAACGGUUUCCUGCCAAGGAAGGACAUCAAACCAGAACUCCAGUUCCCCCUCAGGCCGGGCAUGGGUCGACCUGCAGCCAACAGCGUCGACGUGGACGACUUCAUCAAGACCCGCAUUGCAGACGCCGACAGCGACCCGACCGCACCUCCUUAUGACUCCAUUCAGAUCUACGGCUACGAAGGCCGAGGAUCUUUGGCUGGGUCGCUGAGCUCGCUCGAGUCUGUCACAACAGAGUCUGACUUGGAUUAUGACUAUCUGCAGAGUUGGGGGCCGAGGUUUAGGAAGCUGGCGGAUUUGUACGGGACCAAAGACUGCUCCUUUAACGAUGUGGACGAUGCUGAGGACUCUUAACAGAGGUCUUCUUCAGUGGACGCCCUCCAGAUUUGUGAUUUAUUGAUUCCAAGAGGAUUUCUUAACUGAGGGUUAAGACUCCUUAGUAUCCUGUUGUUACCAUCUUCCAGCUGAUUAGUUCGAUCUGUCAAUGAAUGGACACGUAUUAAAUGUUUGGACUCCCAUUAUUCCAAAAUCUGUCCCGUCCUUCCUACGGCUUUCUUUCUGUCUUUUUCUACAGACCUGAGCAUUGCAGGACUGGCAGAUUUGUUAUAGCAUCAGUUUGUCUGUUGGGAGCAAUAUGAUGGAAAUGUGUUUGUAUCCAGAGAAUGACUUGCCUACAGCAGAUUUUUGAGUGUGUACGACGUUCUAUAUCUAUAAAGGACUGGACUCAUCCUCAGAGGUUCCUCUGUUUCCCCAGAGGAAGAGAAGAAACAUAAAAAUCAAAGAAAAGUUGUAUAAAGGUGUUAGUAGGGUCAAAUUUGUUGUUUUGUCUGCUGAAGUGCAGUAGAUGCGAAGACCGACUCCGGGUUGUUGAUACUCUGAAGACGCUCACAGCAUUUUCACAGUAUGGUGGCCUUAUAAUAAUUCAACAACAACUCCAGGAGUAAAAAAAAAGACAAAACAAAUAAAAAAACAGCAAGACCGAAGAUGUAGAUCGCCAGCUUCAGUAGCUUCACAAACACAUGGACUGUAGGAGAACCUGUGCUACACAAAUAUUUUUCUUUUUUGGAUUUACAAAUUGUGGAUGAUUCCAGAAAAACGUCCUCCAUCGGCCGUCACCCCUCCCCCCAUGAAUGACCAUCUCUUCACGUGGCAUCCGUCGAUGAUGACAAUGAGCAAAAACCUGUGAGCUCGAAAAAAAUCGCCUUAAACUUACUGACACUCUUGCAGCGCAGUGCAUUCUUUCAUUUUUGUUUCCUUUUUUUAAAAAAAAAACUUUUUUUGUUAUUUGUAAGUUGAAAAGUAUUCUGAAAGCAAACUCUCCUCCAUGUCCGGUGUGUACAAAGCGAUUUUUCCUGCCAACGGUCCCACCUUUCUGAGACAGAAUGCGCUGGUUCUGACUAAAGUUGCAUUGGGUUUUUUUUCCUCCUCCAAAUCCCAUGUAUGUUGGCGGCAGCAUGUGUUGUAUCAACGCUCGUUGCCACACUAACAUAAUAUGUGCACAUAGAAAAAUAACACAAUGUAACUAAAAGAAUCAGAAACAGGGCAUUCUUUUUUUAGCCUGCAGUUUGUUUUCAGUCUUUCUGUUUUAAUAUUAUUAUAUUAUUAUGAUUAUUAUUGUUGUUUUCUAUAAUUAUUACCACCACUAUUAUUAUUAUUAUUAUUGUUCUGUUGUUGGACACAGUUACACAGAAAUAGAGCGACCUUUGACUUUAGCAUAAACUUGAUGAUUCUCGCAGUUUUCUAAAUAUAUUGCGUCUAAAUUUGUGGUCAACUGUGGGAAAUUUCACUGCUAAAAGUUAAAUGUUUGCUUUACUUCACGCCUGUGUGCAACUUUUUUUCCUCUUAUUUUGAUUUUGCUUCUUUAUUUUUAAUUGUUUGUUUAAUUGAUUUUUUUUUGGUUCCAUCUCCCUGUUCAAGAGAAAAAACUAGCAAUCUGUGUUUGUUGCAGUGAGAGAACGCCUUGUUUUUAUUCUCUGUCGAGUUUUAUGGUACCGAUUUGUACAAUUUUAAAAGUUCUUAUUUUAGUAUACAUGCAGAAUAUUCCAGUAUUACAACGAAAACAUGUUACAAAAAUUAAGAAGUUACAGCAUCACACUUAUAUUUUCUGAACAUUGUACUGUUGCUUUACUAUGUGCUUCAAUCUCCGAAGCAAAAAAAAAAGAAAAAAAAACAACUUUGAAAUAAAUGCUCUUUUUAUAAAAUGACA